AUGGCCGAUAUCAACGUCUACAUUACAUCCAAUAUAACCUCCUCAGAGAGGAGAAUCUCUCCCCAGUGGGACCUCCACUACCUCAAGUCCAGACUUGAGCUCAUCACAGGCGUCCCACCCCAGUACCAAACGAUACAAUACUACCCAUUGCCCAAUUCCAACGACAACAAGGUGAUUUCUGAUGCUGAGGACUACAGCGAGGCUAGAGACAAAGCGCAGACCGUGGCACACUUGAAUAUAGUGCCGUUGAGUCGUUUACACGUCAUAGAUACCAACCCAGACUCGGAGCUCGCACAUCUCGAAGAGGACAACGAAGGCGAGGACUUCGGAUUCAAGCUCAGUGAAGAAGAGUACGCAAAGAAGUCGGGAACUGUAUUGAGCUGGAAACAGAGGAACCAACUCGGGAGAUUCAACCCCGAGUUCCAGGAACAGAAGGCACGCCAGCAAGAGGAGCAUCUCGAGGCAUCGAAGUCGUUGGAGGUAGGCAAGCGGUGCAGAAUAAUCACUAUCAGCUCCGAGAGAAGAGGCAUCAUCAGAUACGUGGGCAAGAUCGAGACACUUGAUCAGGGCGAAAGUGUGUGGGUGGGGGUGGAGUUUGACGAGCCUGUGGGCAAAAACAACGGGACCAUCGACGGCGUCCGGGUGUUUGAGUGCAGAGACAAGCACGGGAGCUUUGUAAGGCCCAAGCAGGUCGAGGUGGGCGACUUUCCCGAGUUGGACCCGUUCGACAGCGACGACGAGAUGUAG